CCACCCCAUAGCCCCCCUGCCACAUAGUGAUCUAUUGCCCCACCCCAUAGCCCCCCCUGCCACAUAGUGAGCCAUUGCCCCACCCCAUAGCCCCCCUGCCACAUAGUGAUCCUCGCAGGGGCAGAGGACGUGCCCGGACAACUGGUUCCCCCCCUGUUUGGACACCCCUCCCCCCAAAGUGUGGGGCAAUAAGGGGGCGUGGUCUGUAUGAGCCCCGCCCCUUCCUCCCAAGGUCACACCCCUUUCCCUGAUUUACCGGCACCAGUGAGUGCGGGGCAUUGGGAGUGCUGGGAGCCACUGGGAGGCGAUGCCGGACGCCGACCCCCGCCUGGACGCGGGCCGCUGGGCGGCCGCCAGCUUCCGCCUGCGGGGGGGGGGACCCCGCGCCCGCCCCCCGCCCCCGCCGGGGCUUCUGGCGUCGCCUGGGCGGCUGCUGCGGCUGCUGCGGCUGUUGCCGGCGAGGAACCGAGGACUGGGAGCCCCCCCCCCGGCGAGGUCCCGGGGUGCCGCCCCCCCCAGCCCCUGCGGCCCGGUUUAUUGGCCCCCCGGGGGUUGGUGGUGGGCUCGUCGGCCAAUCGGAUCGCUCACCACACCUCCGAAUUCGCCUCCCCCCGCCUGGUGGUGCGGCGGGGGCAACCCUUCGACCUGCGCGUCCUCCUGCCCCGGCCCUUCGACCCCGACGGCGACAGCCUCUGCGUGGAGCUCACCCUCGGCCCCAACCCACAGGUGGCGAAGGGGACCCACGUCCUCAUCCCGUUGGGCGAAACCUCGGCCACCGGUUGGACAGCUGAGGAAGAGGAGCUAGAGGAGGGGGCGGACCCUCCGGGAGGCCCCGCCCUCAACAUCUGCCUCACGGCCCCGCCCAAUGCUCCCAUUGGCCGCUACCGCCUCAGCAUCAAGACCCGCACUGGGGUGGGGGAGUACGCGGCUCCCUUCGACGACGCCAACGACUUCUUCCUCCUCUUCAACCCCUGGUGCCCUGACGAUAAUGUCUACAUGGAGAAAACGAGCGACCUUAACGAGUACGUCCUUAACGAGACGGGGCGCAUCUUCUACGGCACCGAGGACCAGAUCGCCGAGCGCUCCUGGAACUAUGGGCAGUUUGACGCAGGGGUGCUGGAGGCGUGCCUGUACAUCCUGGACCGCCGGGGGAUGCCCCACAGCGCCCGGGGGGACCCCAUCAUCGUGUCCCGCGUCGUCUCCGCCAUGGUGAACUCGCUGGAUGAUAACGGGGUGCUGGUGGGCAACUGGACGGGGGACUACGCCCAGGGCACCAACCCCUCGGCGUGGGCCGGUUCCGUCGACAUCCUCCGCGCCUACCACGGCAGCGGUGCCCCCGUCCGCUACGGCCAGUGCUGGGUCUUUGCCGGCGUCAUGACCACCGUGCUGCGGUGCCUGGGCCUCCCCACCCGCACCGUCACCAACUACAACUCGGCCCACGACACCGACGUCUCCCUCACCACCGACAUCUACUUCGACGAGAACAUGCGGCCCCUGGAGCGCCUCAACACCGACUCCGUCUGGAACUUCCACGUGUGGAACGACUGCUGGAUGAAGCGCCCCGACCUCCCCGAUGGCUACGACGGGUGGCAGAUCGUCGACGCCACCCCCCAGGAGACCAGCAGCGGGCUGUUCUGCUGCGGGCCGUGCUCGGUGACGGCGGUGAAGAACGGCGAGGUCUACCUCAAGUACGACACGCCAUUCGUCUUCGCCGAGGUGAACAGCGACAAGGUCUACUGGCAGCGGCAGCCCAACGGCUCCUUCGCGGUGGUGCACGUGGAGGAAGGCGCCAUCGGGCGCCGCAUCAGCACCCUGGGGCCGGGAUCCGGCGCCCGAUUGGACAUCACCCACCAGUACAAGCACCCCGAGGGCUCGGAGGAGGAGCGCCACGCCGUCUCCACCGCCACCUCCCACGGCUCCCGCCCCCGCAACCGGGGGACCCCGUCGUCCGGGGAGGUGACGGUGACGGUAGGGGCGGGGCCGGCGGUGGCCGGGGCGGAGCUGGAGCUGCGGGCGGUGGCCCGCAACGAAGGGGCGGAGCCUCGGACGCUCCGCCUCCGCCUGUCCCUCUGCGCCGUGCGCUACACCGGGGUCUCCGGAGCCCCUUUCCGGCAAGAGCAACACCGGCGCGCCGUGCCGCCGGGGCAGGAGGAGACGGUGACGAUGACGGUGACCUACGCCGAGUACGGACCCCACGUCGGCGACCAGGACGCGCUGAAGCUGACGGCGGCCGGAGUCGUGGAGGAAACGGGGCAAGUGGUGGCCAAGGAACUGCGGGUCCGGCUGCACGCGCCCGAGCUCACCCUGACGCUGCUGGCCCCAGCGGUGGUGGGGCAGGAGACCCCGAUCCAGGUGGUUUUCCAGAAUCCGCUGCCGGAGACUCUGAGCGGAGCCACCCUACGGAUGGAGGGAGCCGGGAUUUCCUGCCCAAAGCCCUUCCAGAUGGGGUCGGUGGGGGCGGGGCAGACGGUGCGGCUGCGCCAGGCCGUGCUCCCGCUGCGCCCGGGGCGCCGGCGGCUGGUGGCGGCGCUGGAGAGUCCCCAGCUCGGGCCCCUCCACGGCGUCCUCCAGCUCGACGUCGCUCCCGCCCCUGCUGGGAGCGCCGGGAGCGCCGGGAGCCCCCCCCGGCGCCCGCGACGCGCCCGCCGCCGAGCGCCCCCCCCCCGCCGGGAGCACCGGGGGGUGAUGGGGGGGCGCUGGGAAGGCGUGGAGGGGGGACUGGGGGCGCUGGGAGGAUGACCGGGAGCGCUGGGGCCACGUUUGGGCUCGACUGGGAGCACUGGGAGGGCGUGGAGGGGGUAGCGGGGGCGCUGGGAGGGGGACUAGGGGCACUGGGAGGAUGACUGGGAGCGCUGGGGCCACGUUUGGGCUCGACUGGGAGCACUGGGAGGGCAUGGAGGGGGUAGCGGGGGCACUGGGAGGAUGACUGGGAGCGCUGGGGCCACGUUUGGGCUCGACUGGGAGCACUGGGAGGGCGUGGAGGGGGUAGCGGGGGCACUGGGAGGAUGACUGGGAGCGCUGGGGCCACGUUUGGGCUCGACUGGGAGCACUGGGAGGGCGUGGAGGGGGUAGCGGGGGCACAUUUGGGCUCGACUG